AUGGCUGCUAGACCUGCCACGACCGCGCCUGGCAGCAAUGGCCACGAUGGUGACAAAGAAACUCAAGAUCAAAGCCCUCACUUCACUCCUCUGGAGACCCUGGCUGCCGCUGCCGCGGCUUCCGCGGGUCCCGCUACCGCACCCGCCGUGACCACCGAGCCCCCCGCCGACCCGCCCACUAGGGAGACCGAACAACCCACUGUGGAGACUAUUGAGGAUAUAGGUAACAACACAGGCAACAACGCCCGUGAGACCUCCCGGCCUACCCGUCCCCACGCCUCGGCUUCACGAAAUGACCAAGGAUGCAGCUCGGCAUCUGCCUACCACCGUCGUGACUGUAUUGUGCACCGUACCGUGAAUCGCUACCCGCCGUACCUGCCGGAGACUCCAGACCCCGUUCUUGGACAAUUGUGGAUUGACCACAUUGAUUCCCUGCUGGGCGUGCGAACUGAGAGUCAGAGAGAAGAGAUGCGGUAUUGCAUUGAGCAGACUGACAGGGUCCUUCAUUUGGCCAACAACAUCUUGAGGCAGCAGAGGGAACUUUUGGCAGAUCUGAGACAGAUUUCUACUGAAGAAUAUCACAGUGGUGAUUCUUCUAGCGAGCUCAGUGAGGUUAUUGAGUUCGGCGAUGAGGUUGAGGGUAACGGUGAGGGUGACGGUGAUGGUUACGAGCCUCCGGCCAAUGGAUGCGGUACUGCGGAUGAGUAG